AAUGAGUGAAUGGAUUCUGCGAGUUGUGUUCAGUAGAAGAGGGGGAGAGAUCCCUGCGAACUAACGGCAGUGCUUUGCUCUGCUCUUUUCCACUUCGGGGUCAGUUUCAGUUGAAGAAGAACCUGCUGCUGCCAUGGAGAAAGAGAUUGACGCGGUCAUGGAAGCAGCCUCCGGCGUUCACUUCUCCGGCUUACGCCUCGACGGCCUCCUCUCCUCUCCUUCCGCCUCCCCCCGCGCCACCACCGCUGCAGCAGCUGCUGCCGCCUCCUCCUCCCCCCAAUUCGACUCCAGCUCUUCAAUCCAGCAGCCCUUCGUCAUCGGAGUUUCCGGAGGUACUGCUUCGGGCAAGACCACGGUGUGCGACAUGAUUAUACAGCAGCUUCACGACCACCGUGUUGUGCUCGUCAAUCAGGAUUCAUUUUACCGUGGUCUGACCCCUGAAGAAUCAGAACGUGUACAGGAGUAUAACUUUGAUCAUCCCGAUGCAUUUGACACUGAACAGCUUCUGGAUUGCAUUGAGAAACUCAAAGCUGGUCAAUCUUAUCAGGUUCCUGUGUAUAAUUUCAAGACUCAUCGUCGCCGUUCAGAUACCUUUCGCCAGGUUAACGCAUCCGAUGUCAUUAUCCUGGAGGGAAUUUUGGUUUUCCAUGACCCACGAGUGCGAAACCUUAUGAACAUGAAAAUAUUUGUUGAUACAGAUGCUGAUGUGAGGCUUGCCCGCAGAAUACGACGUGACACUGUUGAGCGGGGUAGGGACAUAGACUCUGUUCUUGAAAUGUAUGCAAAGUUUGUGAAGCCUGCAUUUGAUGAUUUUGUCCUACCAUCAAAGAAAUAUGCUGAUGUUAUCAUACCUCGUGGAGGUGAGAAUCACAUCGCCGUUGACCUGAUUGUGCAACAUAUUAGAACAAAGCUUGGUCAGCAUGACUUGUGCAAGAUAUAUUCCAACGUGUACGUCAUACAAUCAACAUUCCAGAUAAGAGGCAUGCAUACUCUGAUUCGAGACAAGGACAUAUCAAAGCAUGAUUUUGUCUUCUAUUCUGAUCGACUGAUUCGAUUGGUUGUUGAGCAUGGGCUGGGUCAUCUUCCUUUCACAGAGAAACAAGUAGUCACUCCAACAGGUUCAAUGUAUACUGGAGUUGAUUUUUGCAAGAAAUUGUGUGGAGUUUCCAUUGUCCGAAGUGGGGAGAGCAUGGAAAAUGCAUUACGAGCCUGCUGCAAAGGAAUAAAAAUCGGGAAAAUUCUUAUCCACAGGGAUGGAGACAAUGGGAAACAGCUAAUAUAUGAAAAGCUUCCCAAGGAUAUCUGUGAACGACAUGUCCUCCUUCUAGAUCCUGUUCUCGCAACAGGUAACUCCGCGAACCAAGCAAUUGAGCUGCUGAUAGAGAAAGGAGUUCCUGAAUCACACAUAAUCUUCCUAAACCUCAUCUCGGCCCCAGAAGGAAUCCACUGUGUUUGCAAGCGGUUCCCCUCCUUGAAGAUUGUCACGUCAGAGAUCGAUGUGGCGCUAAAUGAGGAGUUCCGUGUUAUUCCAGGCAUGGGCGAGUUUGGAGAUCGUUACUUCGGUACUGAUGAUUGAUUGUAUAUUAGUGCUUGGGCAGUGCACACACCUAUGCUCGAGUCUCAUACCUCUGGUAAUUGACAGGUGAAAGCCCGCAACAUAUUGGUGAACAUAUUGAAAUUGAACGACAGGGUACAGACCUGUGAGUUUGUAAAGAAAAGUCUCAAUUUGGAUCUGCCUAAGGGCAAACUACUUUUAUAUUCAUAAUGACGCUACGCCUCUCAACGGUUACUUAUUUACGUACA